CACCGGCUCAAGGGAGGGGUGGCAGUGCCCGCCGGUGCCACCCCUCCCUGCCUCCUGGAACAAGGAAGCGUCUUCGGCCACCUUCAGCCGUCACUCGGUAGCCUCAUUCCCCACCUGCUCCAUCCCCUCGCCCGGUGUCUCCGGGUGCAGGACCCUAUCUCCAGGUGGGCAGCAGAGGUGCUGGCUCUGGACAUGGCUGGGCAGAGAGGAGCUGGGCUGCUUCUUCCUCUGUUGCUGCUGAGUCUUGACAUGCUGGAUUUCACGCUGGAGACCACAACAGUGCUGCUCACCACUGACUCCACCACUACAGCCACCAUCCCUCCCGUCAGCUCUGAAACCUCCACUACAGAGGUGCUGACGGAUGCCAGCACCGCAGCCCCACAGGCAAGGGGCAGUACAGCCCGCAGCACUUCUGGGUCUCCUGCCAGCACCACGGUGAAGCCUAAGCUCACCCCAGAAGGGCUGGAGUUCACCACUGGCACCCCGACUCCGACUCUCACGGCCAUGACAACCAACUGUGUUGCCGUGGCAACCAUCGUCACGUCUGUGGGGACCAGCAUGGCUCCGGCUCUCAGCUCAUCUGGAGUGGAAACGAGCCCGCCGCCUGCCCCGACCUCCUCUUUUCUCCCCUCGCCCUGGGUGGGCACCAGCCUUGGCACUAGCACCCGCCGAGGGCCAGCCGUGACCGCGCCACUCGACAGCACAUCGCCAGGGCCCGGCAGCGCCUCUUCUCCCACUGCUGCCGCUGCUUCGGACGAGUCCUCCGCGACCCCGCCGGACAUCGUUAUCAGCACGGAGGUCCGGGGGAGCACCCCCGCACUCAGCCAGACGGUCAGGACCAGCCCUGGUACCACCAUCCUGGCAGCCUCUGAGACGGCCGCCGAGACCUCAGCACUGCUGUCCACCACUGACUCUACCACCACAGCCAUUAUCCCCUCCUCCAGACCUGCAACAGGAGCCUCCAACUUGGAAAGGUCCAGCACAUCCAUGGGGAACGACAACACCUCACCUUCUACACCUCCUUCCACCACACCAGCGCUGACAACUGCUUCAGCUGAGCCCUUGACAACCCCAUCUGACACAACAGAGGAGCCCAGGACUGGCAUGACACUCCCCAGGAGCAGCCCCACUUUUAGCCAGACAGGAGGGACCAUGGCCAAGACCACCCCUGGCAUCUCCACUCUGACCUUAGGGACUACCCUGGGCACCCUUACAGAACCUGUAACUCCCAGUGCAGCCACAGGCACGGAGCCCUCUUCCUCCACCAUCGACUCAACCCAGACCACAGAGCUUACCCUCAGCAACCCUACAGACCUGCCAACGACCCCUCCUGUUUGCCCUACCAUCACACCCAACACCAGUGCAUCUCACCUCUUUCUGUCGCUAAGGAUAACUGUCCCUCUGGACCUGGGGAACACCACAGUGCAGGAGCUGGUCUUGUCCAAGCUCCGCCAGGACCUGCAGACAGCAUUCCCAUGUGCUGGCUUGGCAGUGGAGUGGCGAGGGCAGAGGAGGACCUGACUGCUGCUGCUUGCCCAGCUGGCACUGAUGUGGACUGACAAGCCUUUGGUUACAGUUCCUUAUUCCAUGGAAAUGCAGCCCUUUGGAGCAACCUGUACUGCUUCCCCUUGAACCUGGGUUCCCCUGUCCUCCACUCUGCACCCCCAGAGGAGCCCAAGUGCUCCCUGUGGGCUGGUGUGCCCCUGCCCCUUCUCACAGCCUGUCUGUGGAGCCUGAGUCCUCCCACAACCCUGCAGCAGACCCGACUCACACAGUGGCACUCUCCCACUGGUGCUGCUAUGAGGCUGGGAGGAGGCAGACCCUGCGGUGCUGGGCAUUUACAACUGGGACUGAGCUGGCUCAGCCAUGAAAGUCACCCUGGGGACUGAGAGAUGAGACACCUGGAUCCCUCAGUGCUGCUGUGCCCAGGACGUUCAGGGGCUCGGUGAGAGUGACCUCCAAAAAUUUGCAUCCCAGGGAAGCUAUGAAGGUCUUUCAGAGAUGCUCCAUGGCAACUCCACAUCCAGAGUCGGCCAAAAUGGGUGGCUCUGGGAAGGAAACAGGAGAGGAAAAGAGUCUCCCUCUCCCAUCUGAGUCCUAUGCUGGGGCCAGCUGAGCUCCUGAGCCCUGCAGUGCAGAGGGCAACAUCAGAGCCCAGCACAACAGCUCUCCCUGGCUUGCCUGGGGUGCUGCUGACAGAGGAGCACACCCAUGCAAGUAUGGGCAGGGCAGCAAAGGGAAAUCCCACAUUUUCUGUGGCAAAGAUGACUUCUUUCCAAGCUGCCUGCCCUGAUUUUCAGCUUUGCUGUCUAGCAGAGGUACCAGCAAGGAACACCAUCUGAGUCCCAAAAUCUUCACAGCUCAGAGAGGGGCUCAGAACUGUCCCCUUCUGGCAGGGGCUGCUGAAGAUACCGUGGAGGACAGCUUAGCACCCCAACAGGCUGAGAGUCCCCAGUUUGGUGCUCUCUGCCCCAUGACACCCCACAGCUGCCGGGGCAGCUGCAUGCACCAUGAGACUGUGGAAGUCCCAUAGGCUGUGCUCCUUCCCUGUGUUUUUCCAGUCCCAAGCUAAAGAGACGGCCGCAGCGUCUGUCCCCCUGCAGCAAAGUCAUUUAUUAACUGAUUAAUUAGCCAGAUAAAAUCCAACUGAAGCAAUUAUUAGCCUAAGCAAGUCACCUCUCUGGGAGAUUGAAAACUGAAAUCAUUAGCAAAGUAGCUGUGUUGCUUGUUGGGUUAUUUGCGGCUAAACCCUGCUCCUCGCUGGCAGCCUCUGCUGUCUGGGCACGGGGAGGGCUGUGAGGGGGUGCACGGGGCUGUGGGUUGGCAAGCCUCUUGGUCUUCCCCAGUUGUCACCUAUCUGGGAAGGAGUCAGCAGCAAACAGGAUGGGGGAGAACACCCCGGGAUCGUCCAGCUGCCUGCUGGCUUGCAGGGGCUUGCAAAAGCUGGGCUGGGGCUGGAAACAGCCCAGGAUGCUCAUCAAGAUGCUUCACUUGGGACACCGCUUGCAGCCCAGGGUUGCUCCUUUGCUGCCUGGCUUUAAGGGGCUCGUUGGAGCUGCUGGCACCAAGAAAGGUCCCUUACCACCUGCACAGGGAGCUGGGGAGCGAGGCAAAGCCUGCUGGAAGGGGUUCUCGUGCCGGAUGCCUGGCGAUACGCUGGGAAAGAUGUCCUCGUGCUCUGCCUACGCCUUGGAGCCAGGCCAGGAGUCCUCCCACACUGCAUCCCACUGAGCUGCUUUCUCCGGCUGUUGAAUCCAUAACUUCAGGCCCUGGGACAUGGCCAGGGGCCAAGGUUGGGGUAAUGGAGCCAAAAUGCGUCACAAAGGGAGGAAAAGGUCCUGAAGUGCCGGGAUGAAAAGGUGACCGGGGCACUUGCUGUCCCCUUGCCGGCACAGCUGCCUUCCACCGUUAUCACGGUCGGAGGGCAGCAGGGGGAGGAGACGCUUCAGCCCAUCUGAGCUUUCGUGG